ACUGACGGGUCUCCUAAGGAGACCUUUUGCAUCCUGAAGCGAUUCCGAGCUGCACCUCAAUGCUCCUCGAGCCCGCAGCAAGAGUGCCACAUUCACGGUUCGCAUGCCGUGAUAACAUUUUUCGGAUCUUGCCUCUGCUUCAAAGAUCAAUACUUGAGCAAUACUUUGAAACUGCAGUCGAACGGGAUCGGAAUAGGUGUGUAUCACGCUCGGUCCAUACAGCAUGGACAAGGAUACUACACCGACACCUGUGGUGCCCCCAGGUGCAAAAUACCGGGGUGCUGUGGUCGAGGACCUCCAACUACCCCCUGCCUUUUGUCUACCUCAGGAUGCUCAGCUCUCUCGAGCGCUCGAAGCGGCUUAUGAACGUGAAUUUGACCAGCUCCCUGUCCUCAACGACCGUCGGAAACCGAUAGGUUACCUCGACGUUCGCAGUAUACGCAAAAAGUUUGAGAGUGGUCAAGCUGGGGUAGAUGACGAAAUUGCACUCCAUAUCAAUCACUUCCCACUGGCUUCUCAAUCUCACCCGUAUACUGUGAUUCACCCGUUAACCCCACUGGAGGAGUUGGAAAGUUUCUUUUCGACAAAAGGAACAGACUUUGCUCUGGUGACUGAUAUGGAACGCAAGUGGGUCUUAGCGGUAGCUACCAAGGGUAUGCGUCGGUUAGAUGCUCGAGGCGAGUAAGAUUCAUUCAACAAUGUAUUCAUGGAUGCUAGCUACCGUUGAUUCGGCCGAGGGCCAGCAGACGCAGCUGCUUUUUGAGGCAGGCACGGGGGGGGUUGGUGUUUUUCUUUCCAAUUAGCUCCAUUUCCUACU